AUGCAAGGACAGCGACAGCACAUUCAGGAUCAUCUGCUGCUACCUGUGGCGUUGAAGGAAGAUGAUUCGCCCUUGCCUCACUCCGCGACGGUCGUCUGCAGAGACGAGUCGAGCAGCUCACAAGGCCCGGCGCGUGUGACAUUCCCCUCUCUGGUGGCGAGAGCUGCCAUCAAUGGUGACAGAAGCAGCAGCAGCAGCAGCAGCAGCGGUUGCCACGACGACUCCCUCCUUGACUGGAUAGGCGGCUCCUUCCCCGAUGUACCGCCUAUCUCCUCGCUGGGCCGAUCCGACAGCGAAAAUGACGAGGCAAAAGACGCGCGAAUGUUGCAGGAGUCCCUUGUCAAGGCCUUCCCCGAGUCAUUGUGUCAAAUUGCUAUCGAUGAGGCGGCUGUGGAGGCCGUGAUGUCGAACAACACGGCGGGGAUGGCGGACACCGGCUACCACCGCCAAUUCACGGAGAUGGUGCUGCGCGAGGUGUACAGUCUGCUGCGGCUCACCGCAUCGGUGUUUGAGGUGCGGCGGACGUAUCUGAUGCAACACCACGCUGUAGACCCUGAGGGGCGUGGCUUCAAGACAUACGAGACGCUCGUGGAGGAGGAAAGCGCACGCAAUCUCUCCGAAUGGAACGAUGCCUGGUACCAUGGGUCGAUCAGUGCGAAUAGAGCACUUGCCGCGGUUACUGUGCGCCCGCCGCAGUUCACGGCGGGGAUGCUGUGGAACGGCGAGGACCGCUUUCUGUUGGGCGGCACCGCCUUUGUGGAGGAGGGGCGCAUUUUGCAAAUCCCGAUGCCGUCAAACUUAGCUGCGUCUGAACUUGGAGACAUAAAUGCUCCAACGAAUGGUAUUGGUGGUAGUGGCUCUGGUGGCGAGCCAAAGGCACAGGUGCGCUUCCUACUGCGGGAAUACAUCUCCGUGUCGAAGGAAGGGACGGGCUGCAUGGUGCAAAGUCUUUCGCUCAUUCCCGAACAUGUGUCUCUGAAUGUGCCACGUGGUCAAACGCUGCGGUAUGACCUUAUACAGACUGUCCUACAUCAAUGCGCGCCUGGCGCAGUGACGCGUGCCUUUUCCCUCCGUAUGCUUCUCCCACCGGCAAUGCGUGAGGAGAGCGAAUUAGCUACCGUUGAAGAUCCGUUUGGGUCUGCCGAAAUGUGCAGCCAUACACAAAUGAAGCAGACGUGCAGCGAGCUGGACCUGACGUCUCUUCCCUCCAAUGAAAACUGUUCAAUGGAUGGUUUACGAAGCAUGUCGCUGACAUUACGCAAACGCCGCUCGCCGAAAUCGACUACAGCGUGGCGUCCGCCACUCGGCGAUGAGUUGUAUCUGCGUUUCACCAAUCCUAAGCUCUACGCAUGGGCCAUGCAGCACCCACCCGCAGUACUCACUGCGCACACGAAUGCUAUUCGCGAGUACUUCCACUACAGUCAACGGCUUCGGUUUCGUCGUUUGAUGAAGCGACUUCUGCGUGCUGUUCAUAUCAUUCAACAUUUUUUCCGUCUCUGCUUGUCGCGGAAGAAACGUGCGAUGCAGCGCAUGCUGCAUCAAUGGCGGCAGCUUGAAUUGGAUUGCCGGGAACGAUUGAAAAAGGUCACGCUUCCGCCAACAGCUUCUGACCGCAUUGGCUUCAUUGUUGGCAGUGUGUUGUGGCACCACAUCCUCACAACGGAGGAAUACAAGAUAGCAAUGCUGGAAGAGUUGUUCGCUGCCCGUCGCGCUGCAUACCGGAAAUGGUGCAUGCAACGUGUGGAUGAGGAUCAACUAAAGGAGAAGCUUUCUCAGAAUUACGAGGACAUUCGGGACAAUGGAAUCCUGGGUGACAUCGGGGUGAGGGCGUUUUCUCUCACUUACACCACGGUGGCGAUGAUGACGACGGCAUCACCCGCAAUGCACGAGGAGCAGACGGCUGACACCACCGCCACCACCGCGGCGGUGCCAGCGACUUCGCAUCACAAAUGGAUCGCAAAGUGGGGGAAUGUGGUGCACGCGCGCUUUGGAUGGUACAUUGAACCUGAGGAGUUGCUGCAGGAGAGCCACCGUCGGAUGCUUCUCUCACUACGUGGCUCCAUCUUGACGAUGGCGGAGGUGCAGGCGGAACUGAAGAAAAAAGGCGAAGGGCCGUUGCAUGCACUUAACUGA